CCUCUUCCCUCCUUUCUCUCUAAAUAAAGCGCCCCCACACGAAUACAAUAUUGCAGCUGUCUCCAGCCCAUUCCCUCACUCUCCCUCCCUCCUCCAUCCCCUUCCUCGUUUAUAUACCCCCCUCACCCUUCCCUUUCUUCCUCACUCCACCACCACCUCCGCCGCCGCCGUCCCUCACCAUGCCACCGCCCUUCACUUCCUCCCUAUUCUUCUUCCUCCUUUUUCUCUCUUGUUUGUAUCCUCUGGUUGUGUCUAAUCCUCAGUUUCAGACGCUUAACACUAAUGCUCAGUACUCUAAGUUCAACCCCAAGCUCCCUCCCCAUGUUCUCUCUUCCUCCAAGCGCUACGAGGGUUCCUCCGACAUCGUCCGCCUCCGGUACCACAUGGGUCCGGUGCUCUCCUCUCCUAUUAAUGUUUACCUGAUUUGGUACGGCAAAUGGGCUCAGCCCCAGAAGCUUCUUAUCAAGGAUUUCCUCUUGUCUAUUUCCACUCCCAACGCGCCGUCGCCCUCCGUCGCUGACUGGUGGCGGACUGUCUCGCUUUAUACCGACCAGACCGGCUCCAACAUCUCCCGCACGCUCACCAUUGCUGGGGAGUAUUCCGAUGUCCAUUACUCCAAUGGGAAUCAGCUCACGCGGUUAUCAGUUCAGCAAGUUAUCGCCUCCGCCGUCCGAUCUGCCCCGCUCCCUGUAGACCACCGGAAGGGGAUCUAUCUUAUUUUAACUUCUCAGGAUGUUACGAUGCAGGAUUUCUGCCGUGCUGUGUGUGGAUUCCACUACUUCACUUUCCCUUCUGUGGUGGGAUACACUCUUCCGUACGCUUGGGUCGGGAAUUCCGGCAAGCAGUGUCCGGAAGUCUGCGCCUACCCCUUCGCGAUCCCUGGGUACAUGGCCGGCGGAGGACCUGGAGCGUUGACGCCGCCGAACAGGGAUGUCGGCGUCGACGGGAUGAUCAGCGUGAUUGGGCAUGAAUUAGCUGAGCUAUCCUCAAAUCCGUUGGUGAAUGCGUGGUACGCCGGCGAGGACCCAACGGCUCCGACGGAGAUCGGGGACCUGUGUGAGGGAUUGUACGGUACCGGAGGCGGCGGAGGAUACAUUGGGCAAGUGAUGAAGGAUGGGAACGGAAGAACGUUCAAUUUGAACGGAAAAAAUGGAAGGAAGUUCUUGGUGCAAUGGAUUUGGAGCCCUGUGUUGAAAGCUUGUGCUGGUCCCAACGCCAUGGACUAGAUUUUAGGGGGGGG